AUGAAUAUUAGUGAAAUAAUACGGAGACAAGGCUAUCUAGUCGAAGAACAUGAGAUUACUACCAGUGAUCAAUACAUUCUGUGUUUAAUUCGACUUUACACAAAACAGUCAGUUUAUCAAAAGCGUAAAGUUGUUUUAUUGCAACAUGGAUUGUUGGACUCGUCACAUGCAUGGGUGAUGAAUUUAAAAAAUCAGAGUUUAGGAUAUAUUUUGGCUGAUUAUGGGUAUGAUGUGUGGCUAGGAAACAGCAGAGGCAAUACAUAUUCAAAAAAGCAUAAGCAUCUUGAUUCAAGUCAAAAAGAAUAUUGGGAUUUUUCAUGGCAAGAAAUGUCAAGUUAUGAUUUUCCGGCUACAAUCAGAUAUAUUAUAUCUGUUACUAAGGCGAAACAAUUAAGCUAUAUUGGAUUUUCUCAGGGAUCACUUAUCGCUAUGACGGCAUUAGAUGAUAACCCAGAAUUACAAUCAUAUAUUAAUUUAUUUAUAGCCUUUGGCCCAGUUGGCUAUUUCGCAAAUGUGAAGGGCAUUUUCCUCCCACUAGUUCAUCAUUAUAUAAUUGCUCAGUUUGUCCUAAAAUAUUUAACUCGUGGUGAAGUCCUUCCGUCGGAUCAUUACAUGAAGAUUUUGGGAAAGUAUCUUUGCGGGUUUGGCCCAAAUUUGUGCAUGUCAGUUAUUAAUAAUAUUGCUGGAAACGAUGGCUUCAAUACUAAUUUGGUGAGAAUGUAA